ACGACAAGGAAAGAGAUAACGACAUAAAAGUCAUGCUCAGAUGCUCGAUCGUACAUUGGUUACUUCUUCUUUAAUCUAGAUGGGGUCUAAUAUUGUGACGACACGGAACGUGUUUUGAGAAAGAACACUCGGCAAUCUGAUCAAACAGCCUCGUGUUUCGAUGCUUUUUCUAUUACACAGAGAGCUACGCGCUUCCAAAAAUGAUAAAUUUGACUCUGCAUGUGAUCUAUUUUUAACUUCUAGCAAUGCAACAAUUCAUAAUAUUGAUCGAUCAGAAGCUCACUUGUAUAACUAGGCCGUGACGAUCGGCACUGUGUAUAGUGUAAAAAAGGAUUUUAUGCAACCAAUUAAAAAGAGAGCAAUCGAAUGAAUAUCAAUGGCAUCUGCGGGCAAUGCUACUAUGAAAGAUGGGAUAAUGGCUUACCGGAGUGAGACUACGGGCGUAGGUGAUAACCAAAAUAUGCAGAUGGAUACACGCGAUGUGGAAAGAGAUGAUUUAGCCAUCAUUAGAGAAAAACGAUUGAAUAUGAUGAGCAAAUGUUCAAUUUUGACGGCGUUAGUGUCGUUGAUUGCAAGUGUUGUAGGAAUACUGGCCAUUCUGUACUCAGGGGGCAAAUUCCCAUACAGCCUAGGAGGAAGUGCUAUCGCCGGUGUAAUGGCACUCUCAAUGACCAUUUGUCCAUUUUGUAUGUACAUGGAAGGAAAGAAAACAAAAACUGGAACCAAAAUGAGUGGACUGUUCAAUUGUUGUACAAUCAGUCUGGUGAUCUGGUUUUGCUUUUGCUUAUGUGGUAUUUUGGUUGCGAUGGGGAUGUCUGGAAUAUGGGGAAUGAUCGAAUGUAUACAAGAAACACAGAGCCCUGGACAAUGGUCGAUAAACUCGUGUAGCCAAAAGACUAAUGCAAAUCUAACAUUUUCUGUGUUAACGCUUAUUUUGUCAGCUUUGCUUCUAAUUCUAACGAUUGUUAUUAUUUGUUUAUUUUGUUGUAACACUGGAGCAUUCGGCAUUAAGAAUGAACGGCAGAGAGAAUUUGAUUAUUAUAGAAAUGUGAUUAGGGCCGAAGUCCAGCGGGAAUUAGUAGAACAACGUACCCAUGAGAGGCCUCGUCCUGAUAUACCCUAUGACGACAGAGUGAACAACCCGAAUUUAAACAGAACCAUUGACGACCAUGGACAUGUAUCAAGAUAUGUUGAUGGAAGAGAUAAGAAUGAAGAACCUCCUCCUUCCUACGAAGAAAUAGUCAACAAAAACGUUUAAAAUGCUGGGGAUAUAUGAGCCGCGUCAUGACAAAACCAACAUAGUGCGUUUGCGACCAGCAUGGAUCCAGACCAGCCUAUGCAUCCGCGUAGUCUGAUUAGGAUCCAUGCUGUUCGCUUUCAGUUUCUCUGCUUGUAAUAGGGUUUGUAGGCGAACAACAAGGAUCCUGAUCAGACUGCGCGGAUGCGCAGGCUAGUCUGGAUCCAUGCUGGUCGCAAACGCACUAUAUUGUUUUUUGUCAUGAUGCGGCUCAUAUAGACUUUUAUAAGUCCUUUCAUUACGCCAUUUUCUAAAAUAAACCUCCACAUGUUAACUUGGUAUAAGUAACUGUGUAAUUGGCUUUUUAUGUGUUCAUUUAUUUUUUGCAAUUAUUUUAUUUAUUUACUUUUGUUAUUCCUAAUAUUGUGUUUGAUUUAUUUAUUUUAUAUGCUUACAAAUAAAUAAGGUCAUUUACUGAAAAUUUAA